GGGACAUGGCAACGGCCGGUCGCCAUGGCGUCUCGGCGCUGAGCCGCCCGAUCCCGAGUCUCAGCCGCGGCCCGACAGCAGGCGAGCCAUCUCUUGAAGGUGACACCAGCGUGACCUGGACUGUUUGUUUGGAAGGAUGCAUUCUCUGGUCUUCUUCUGCGCACAGAAAGUGAUCUCAGACCAUGCUUCACUCGCAAAGCCCUGGGACUACAUACCUCGCGAAAUCUACCCAGUAUUGUUCAAAGCAGCGUUCCUAGACCUGCGGACACUGGUGCUGCGGGAUGUGGUGCAGAGGUGGCCCUUCAGCGUUCUCAACUUCUACAUCCUGAAGAGGUGCAAACACUGUGACCGUGAUGUCAUCCGGGAGAAACCCAACAAACAGUGCUUGCAGGCAGUGAUAAUGGGAGUGAAGGACUAUCUACUGAAUGAGCUGCGACAGAACAGAGCCAUCACCAGCAGAAAAACAAAAGCAUCAACGUCUCAGGACAAUUACAAGCUUAGGAAGCAUCGAUCACUCCGUGUCGUAGAUCUCACAGGACUACAAGAUGAUGGGGACAGGCAAGAUGCAGAUACCAUAGGCCAGUGGUCCCGAACUGUGGCUUUGGCUAAAGCCUGCAUUGAAAUAUCUCGGACUAGCAGGAGGGAUGAGUUCAGUCCAUCUAAGCGGAGGAAGGGAAAGAGUGGGAGUCCUUUGGAAGGAGCAUACGACAGCCAGAUGUGUGUGGAGAUACAUGCCAAUCUCUUUGUCACAAGUAACUCUUAUGGGACAGUCAAGGAUGCACUGCUAGUGGGAAAAACCUCUCCCUUGUGUCUGAAAUGCCGGGACCUACGAGCGGAAGAAUUAUCUGCCAAAAAAACUAUCAGUAUCUUGGAGCUUUUGGACACCGUGGUUCUCAGGAAGCUUGAGUUACGCUACAACAAUCUCGGUCUUUGUGGUCUCAGUACAGUGUUCCCUUACCUACCUAUGUUCGAGAAUCUGAUCAGUCUGAAACUCCCCUACAGUAAUAUUGAUGUAAGGCACAUGACUUCAGAGAUGGAGGAAUCCUUCCAAAACAUGGUGUCAGUGUUCAGUCAGCUGCCUAAUGUGAAGGAGUUAAAUUUGGCAUCCUCCAGGUUAUCAGGAAGGAUCCGUGAACUGCUGAGUGUUUUGCAGAAGCCAUUGGAAAGCUUGGAGCUCCCCUACUGCUACCUUCUUCCAACAGAUGCAACCUAUCUUGCUAACAGCCAUCAUGCCCCUUUCCUGAGAAAGCUGGAUUUGAGUGGUAACAACUUGUCUGAUGUCCUCCUGAACCCUUUUUGCCAGAUUUUGCAGCAGGCCUCCAACUCACUGGUGUACCUGGACAUCAUGGAAUGCAGGGUGAUGGACAGACAGCUCACCUCCUUCCUUCCUGCCCUCAGACACUGCUCUCAGCUUCAGUACUUGAGCUGUUUUUGUAACCCUAUCUCCAGCCAAGGCCUCAAGACCUUGCUUCAUACUGCAGUGCAGUUGCCAUCUCUUAAAAUUGUUGUGCACCCUAUCCCGGUUGACUGCUAUGAAGAAGGACUCCCCUGGCCCCCAUCUACAUACGACCUUAUUGACUACAGUAUCGAUCAACAGAAGCUCAGUAGGGUUGAUGCAGAGCUGAACGAGAUACGCUUGAAGGCAGUGAGAACAGAUAUUGUUACAACAGUUGAGCUAUACAAUGACUUCUCACUUGAUAUGUUGCAGUUGUACUGAAGUAAACCCCCCUUCAUUUUUAACAACGGGAACAUCUUGUAUUAAAUGCGUCUGAGACACAUGCAAUUUAUAUGAAUGUUUAUAUUCACAAAUGUCUGCUUAAAGGUCAAAAAGAAGUUCAUUUCAUUGACACCUUUUCAUGGAAGCAGUAAAGAUGAACCAAUUUAUUUAAUGCCUUCCCCAACUUAGCCUUGUGCAUCCUAUAUAUGCAGACUUCGGGAAGUAUCUUGUUUUCCAUUCCCCAUCUUAACAGGCCAUUAUGUAGUGGGUUUGGUUCAAAAUGAGAGGUACCUAUUACAGGAGUAGGCAUCAUAUUGAAGUCUGAAUGAGAGCACUGAGUAGUUUUGUAGAUUGGGGAGGUGUAGGAUGUCUUUCAACAGACCUCUUUGCAAUUAAUUUCCAUUGAGGAACUGAUUGAACAAGAAACACACUGGUUUCUGUCAUCUUAAAUGGAUGUGGAAGUGAUAAGUGUGUGUUUCGAAAAUUCUUCUACAUCUCCAGGUCAAUAUUUCGGAGAACACCCAAACAAUAUGUGCACUUUGAGAUAGUAAAUAGUGGGAAAAAAAUCUCAAAUGUGCUCAGAGAAGUAGCUUAUUGUGCCCCGAACAUUUAUCUAUUUUCUGCAAAAUUAUUUAUAACAAAAGCUGCUGAACUGUUACUGAUAACCUGUUCUUCACCUUGCUUGGUGAAUCAGCUGGAUGUUAAGUAGCAGCUUGCUAAAUUGCUGCCUUUCAUUUUAAAGAGUUGAAGAGUAGAAUAAUGAGUAGAGCCUGGACAUUGGGGUGUAUUGAUAAACCGAGCAUUUCUGCUUGUAUUUUAAAUUCUGGUGAGCGUCAGUCUUGUUGCUGACAAAUGCUUUAAGUAACUGGUGCUACAGUUAACCCUUGUUCAGUUCAUUGCCACAUUAAAUCAGGAGGUAUUGAGUUGCAGUUACUUAGGGGAAGAGUCAUAAUGUUGCACUUGUGUUCAGAAUGGAACAUGUAAGUAUUUCCCAGUGGUAGCAGUCGUUGUGUGAAACGUUUAGAACAGAGGUUGGUCUCCAGUGAGAACACAGUAUUCUGCCCUGCAUCUGAUUCAUGGAGAUUAAAGAAGGAGGGAACAACUGCGGUUUCCAAGACCCUAACCCGGCCUGGAAUUUACUCAGUUGGCUUUGGCUGUGCUAGAAGUUCUGGGCACAAGUUUUUAACACAAUCACAGUUUUCAGGGGAAAUAGUGAGACCCAGGAGAAAUAUUGCAGUACUGUAAUCCGCCGAAGAAUCCUAACUGCAUCUUAGCGAGCACAGGAUACUUUAAUGGUUGAUUAUUCACCCAUAAAAAUUAGCAGGAUUACUCAACUGAGACUAAAAUUCUGCUGAGUUAAUGUUAUCCUCUCGUCACCAGUGAUCUGGAUUGGGUUUGUUACAUUCCACACUGCUGUUACUGUAUUGAAACAGUUGAAUGCAAAGUUCAUAAAAUGGGUCUGUAACCGUUUUUUUUUAUCAGAUUAGCUAUUUAAAUAUAUGCCCUUGUAUCUACCAGCUUGUGAGCAAUGUUACACUUGCCCAGAAAUAAAGCCAGUCUUUAUUUGACAGACAGUAAAAGGCAACCUAGCCACUCAAACCAGAGAGCCCAUGGUUUAAAAGGAAACUGGAAUGAUCGACCACUUGAGUGUCAAGCACCAGUGGGAAGUAUUUAAUCCCCUACCUCGGAUAUCAAAGCAAACAAACUCAGCUGAUGCUGGAAAUAUGAAAAUGCUCAGGAACAAACGUGACAAGAGAAAUACUAAUGUUUCAAACUGAUGACUUUGUCAUUAUGGCUUUUUCUUUUACCCCUCCCACCAUCUCACCUGCUGAACCACUCUAUUUCCCAACAUUCUUCCGGAGCUUUGAAAAAGGUCAUUGAUCUGAAAUGUUAAGUUUCUCAGAUGCUACAUGACCUCCUGAGAUUUUCCAGCAGUUUAUGACUUUUACAUUAGCUGUAGAAUAAAACCACCUGUAGUGCUGACCCAUCAUGAAUUAGAAUCUUGAAGUUUAUGAGGAAGGUCAUUUCCAUUAGAUUUAUGAUCCUGUAAGUGAAAAUAAAACAAAACUAUGUGGAUGCUGGAAAUCUGAAAUAAGAACAGAAAAUGUUGAAAAUACUCAGCAGGUCUGGCCCUGUCUGAGCGAAGGGAAACAGCUGAUGUUUCUGAUGAAGGGUCUUUGACUUGAAACGUUAGUUCUGUUUCUCUCCCCACAGAUAGGACCAGACCUGCUGAGCAUUUCCAGCAUUUUCUGUUUUUAUUUCAUAUUUAUCAUUCUGUUUGUGUAAAGUGCAUAUUUUUUAAAUGGGCCAAAAGCAUUUAGCUGCAUAAGGAAACGUGCAUUAGAUUUGAGUCCAUUUCCCUA